GUCUCAGCUGUCGCCAUGGCGUACCCCUUGGAGGAGGCCCUGGAUGUGGUGGUGUCUACCUUCCACAAAUACUCAGGCACAGAGGGGGACAAAUUCAAGCUCAACAAGUCAGAGCUCAAGGAGCUACUGACCAAGGAGCUGCCGAGCUUCCUGGGGAAAAGGACAGAUGAAGCUGCAUUCCAGAAACUGAUGAGCAACUUGGACAGCAACAGGGACAACGAAGUAGACUUCCAGGAGUACUGCGUCUUCCUGUCCUGCAUCGCCAUGAUGUGUAACGAGUUCUUUGAAGGCUGCCCAGAUAAGCAGCCCCGGAAGAAGUGAAGACUCCUCAGAUGAAGCUGGGCGUGGGGUGGGGAGGU